AUGGAGGCAGCCAGUAAAGGUCACACUGACUGUGCUAAAGAGCUGCUCUCCUCAGGAGCCGUGGUAGACCUGGCUGACAAGGAUGGGUGGACUCCACUGUUGUGGGCAGCCUAUGGAGGUCACACUGACUGUGCUAAAGAGCUGCUCUCCUCAGGAGCCGUGGUGGACCUGGCUAACAAGGGUGGGUUGACUCCACUCAUGGAGGCAGCCAGUAAAGGUCACACUGACUGUGCUAAAGAGCUGCUCUCCUCAGGAGCCGUGGUGGACCUGGCUAACAAGGGUGGGUGGACUCCACUGUUGUGGGCAGCCUAUGGAGGUCACACUGACUGUGCUAAAGAGCUGCUCUCCUCAGGAGCCGUGGUGGACCUGGCUAACAAGGUGAGUAUCUGA